CGUUUCUGCAAUGACAAAGCGAAUCUCGAAAAUGUCAAUUGAUUUGCGCCACCUGGCGGAAAAUCGAGAAAGACCUUCCAGUGAAACUUCCAAAAGAAGAAAUUCUAGCAGUCGCGUGUUUGUUUACGUUUGCGCUUCUCCUUGGAUUUGGACAAAUUUCCUAAAAGCCAGGAGAGUCAGGAUGUCAACAGAUUCUCCGCACGUCGAGGAGUUCAAGCUGGAUGUGGACUGUGAAUUGAGAUUUGAGAUUGAGAGCAAAGAUGAGAAAGUCACGGUUGAGCUCCUUUCCGGGUAUGCUGAGCUGUUCGGAACGGAACUGGUCAAGGGGAAGCCCUAUGAGUUCACAACGGGUGCCAAAGUGGCGAUAUUCACCUACCACGGGUGCAAUUUGAAGCUGAGAGGAAAGACAGAUGUGAGUUACGUGGCCAAGGAGACGCCAAUGAUCCAGUACCUAAACUGCCAUUCAGCACUCGAGGAUAUGCGAGCGAGAGCGGAGGGCAUUGAAUCGAAUGGACCCAUAGUGAUGGUCGUGGGUCCCACAGAUGUCGGGAAGACAACACUGUGCCGCAUUCUGCUGAAUUAUGCUGUCAGACAGGGAAGAUGUCCUUUGUAUGUGGAUUUGGAUCCUGGCCAGGGCAGCGUGUCAAUUCCUGGUACUCUUGGCGCCUUGCUAGUUGAACGGCCCGCGACUGUGGAGGAGGGAUUCUCCCAAAAGGCUCCUCUAGUCUAUCACUUUGGCCACAAAUCGCCGGGAGACAACAAUGUUCUCUAUCAAACGGUGAUCUCGAAACUGGCCGAAGUCGUUCUGGACGCUCUCAAGACAAACAAACGUGCCAAAGUGUCUGGUGUAGUGAUCAACACGUGCGGGUGGGUGAAGGGAGCCGGCUACAGGCAUUUGCUGCACGCCGCAAAGGAAUUUGAAGUGGGAGCGGUGUUUGUGAUCGACCAGGAGCGUCUCUACAAUGAACUGCUGAGAGACAUGCCCAACUUCGUGAGAGUGGUCUUCCUGCCCAAAAGUGGUGGCGUUGUGGAGCGCAGCAAGGCCAACCGGGCGGAGACGCGAGACCUGCGCAUUCGAGAGUACUUCUAUGGCCAGAAAUCUCCACUUUAUCCACACUCUUUCGAUGUGAAGUUCAGCGAGAUGAAAGUCUUCAAGAUUGGCGCUCCGUCGCUCCCUGACUCGUGCAUGCCGCUGGGGAUGAAAGCGGAGGACAACAUGACGAAGCUUGUGGCUGUUCAGCCGGGAAUUAAUCUCCUCCACCAUAUUCUGACCGUGAGUUUCGCCGAAUCCGCUGAUGACGACGUCAUUCAGACGAAUGUGGCUGGAUUUGUGUGUGUUGGCCAAGUGGAUUUGGAGCGACAAGUGGUCACAAUCCUUUCGCCACAGCCGCGACCGCUGCCCAACACUGUUCUCCUGAUUUCUGAGCUGCAGUUCGUCGACAAUCACUGAUGAUAUUGUUAAAAAGAUACUCGUUUUCUGAGUAUUUACAAAUUUGAUGUGUUCUUAAGAGAAUAAAUUAUUAUU